UGUAUUCUCUCGUCUCUCCUCCCUACGUCUCCACGUCGCUGCUUGGGGGCCAAAAAAGCAGCAGUUGACAGCCUCGGAAUGAAUAUCUUCAGGUCCCCCCCCCAGUGAGAGGGGAGUGCUAUUCCGUCGCUUCUCCGCCGCUUCGCUGUGACAUCUCUCUUUUACACAUAUAUAUACUAGGGCAGCCAGCCAAACUGGCGAGUCGGCUAACCUCCUCUUUUUCUUCGGUUGUGCCGCGAAUAGUGGCAUCGAUCUUUCUGGAUCGCAUCUCUCCAAUUGCCGCUAGACGUCGCGUGCCACCUUCGAUUGGCUAGAAGCUAGAGGACCUUUCUCCGUCUUCCCCAGACCGUCGGUACCCGAAGACAGCAGCCCCCAAUUGUUGGUCGCAUAGCAGCCUGCACAACAUGCGUCUCCUCAACUCCCGUACCGGCGAGAUGAGACACUUCAUCUCGUACGCCGAGAUACCGGCCUACGCCAUCCUCUCGCACACCUGGGGCGAGGAUGAGGUAACAUUUCAGGACUGGCUUACCCUCCCCCGCUCCGAGGUCCGGAAGAUGAAGGGCUUCCAGAAGAUAGACUACUGCUGCCAGCAGGCAGUAAAGGACGGCCUCGAGUGGACAUGGGUCGACACGUGCUGCAUAGACAAGACGAGCAGCGCCGAGCUGACCGAGUCCAUCAACUCCAUGUUCCGAUGGUACAAGAGCGCCGCCGUCUGCUACGCCUAUCUACCCGACGUACCUAAGGACCUCGAUAAAGAAGAGAUCGAGGAGGAGCUGGCUAAUAGCCGCUGGUUUACUCGUGGGUGGACGCUGCAAGAGCUAAUCGCCCCCUCCACCGUCGUCUUCUACUCCGCCGGGUGGCAGCAGAUAGGCACCAAGGCCGAGCUCUCGUCCUGUAUCGCCGCCAUCACCGGCAUUGAGGAAACCUACCUCGAUGCCGCCAACAUAGACCGCGCUAGCGUCGCCCAGCGCAUGUCCUGGGCCUCGCGCCGUCAGACCUCACGCGAUGAGGAUAUCGCCUACUGCCUCCUUGGUAUCUUCGACGUCAAUAUGCCCCUCAUCUACGGAGAGGGCCCCAAGGCAUUCCAGCGUCUGCAGGAGGAGAUCAUGAAGGCCUACCCCGAGGAUCACACCCUGUUCGCGUGGGGUAAGGUCGUCACGCAGUUUUCCAAACAUGCCCAGGGCGAGAACCAGCUCAACGGCCUCGAGCCGCUCAGCUUGAGGGAGAAGAGUAGGCAAGAUGACGACGAAGACGACGAAGACGAAGACGAGGAUGACGAAUCCCUCCUUGGAUUUCUUGCCCAGAGCCCCCAUGACUUCAAGCAAUCCGGCAAAUUCAUCUGCUACCGCGAGGCUAAGAAGUUCUUUCGGCGCUGGGACUUCCCGCUGACGGCCCCGACCAUCGUCGGCCGCACAACGCGCCUGGACCUGCCCUUAGUAGGGGCCACCCCGCCGUUUGCCGUGUGCCGUCUCGACGAGAGCCUGCCCAUCUUCCGGCUGCGGCGCGUAUCGAUAGUAGUGCUCGUGUGCGGCCGUCAGGACGAGGUCUUCAAGUACGUCACGAUCCCGCUGCUCAUUUGCACUGGAGGCUUCUACGGUCGCACGCGCGAGGUCGUCGUCAACGAGCUCAUCUCGACGCCGUCCGUUCACUACGACCUCCUAGGACGCUGGCGCUCGCAGAUCGUUGUCGAGCGCCAGCCCCGGUACCGCCCUAGCGCCGGGGACAUCAUCCUGCGCCGAUUCGUCACCCACGUACCAUGCGCGACAUCCAUCGCUAUCGACGAAGUCGACGUCUCUAUCGACGAUGGUGUCAUCAAGGCGCGAAGCCCCCCCCAGCCUGGCCACAUCGUCUGCCUUACCUUCGAGUACAGCAAGAUGGCCGGCUUCGGCCUCGCUAUCGCCCGCAUGGACAGGGUCGAUGAAGGCGGUGGCGACUUAGGCAGUCUGCACUUCUCGCUGAUGACGGUGGAUGUGGAGCGCGAUGAAAAGCGGGCGAAAGAGUGGUCGGAAGCGGAGCAGGCCCGUUACGAUAGGCAACUCGAGAAGGAUAAGGAGCCGGAGCACAGAGAGGUGGUAGAGGUUAAGGGAGACGAGAGUGACGGAGACGACGUUGGCCACGAAUAUACCAACUACGGUAGUGGAGGUCAGUAUAUAGAGAAAGGCGGGAGAAGAACUGAUAGCCCAGAAAGAAAAGGGGGGAUAUUUGGCAACCGCCACCACCACCACGGUGGAAAACGAGACCGACUGCGGUCCUGGGCCAGCUCGGCUAUAACCGCAGCCACCACCACCACCACCGCCGUCCUCCCGCUCCGCCCUACCCCCCCUCGCCCCUCCUCCUCCUCCUCCUCCUUCACCCGCGCCCGUUCCCGCUCCCCGCGGCCGCAGCCGCCCUGGGCUCGCCCGCGCUUCCGGGACGGGCGGCAGGCGUACUACUACCUGUGGGACAACUGGAAGACGGCGCCGCACCGGCACGCCAUGGCGUACCCGUCCGACACGUGGGAGAUGACGUCGGAGACGGCGGCGGCGGAGGCGGCCGAGGCCUCGCGCGCCGUCGUGCCGGCGAGCGAGGCGGCCAACAGCCCCUACUACGAGCCGGACCCGACGGUGCCCACGGUGCGCAUCGUCGCCGAGCGCAUGUACAUCGACAACGACCGCAGCCAGCCCGUCGACAUCAUCGACAUCGUCAUCCGCGCCCCCGGCGAGCCGCUCCCCGGACGCCCCGCGCCCCCCCCGUCCUCCUCGGCCCUGCUCAACGGCGUGCCCACGGUGAACGUCCAGGCGCCCGCCGAAUAGCCGAGGCCGCGCGCGACACGACAACGGCGGCGAGAGAGCGAGAGAGAGAGCGGGGAGGCGCAACCCGGAUGCCGCGCAGCAUAUAUAUAUGCCUACGUUCCUACUGUGCCCAGGCCGUGGGCGCGCACACAUGGAUAGGUGGGCUGGCGGGCGGAUGCAUAGCGGCGGCAUAUGAAUGGAUCGGGUAGGCGCGCAGAUAGAGUAGACGGGUUAAGAUACCCCCCCCCCCCUCUUAGUCCCUUUUCCUCUCUCGCGGGAUGCUACACCACCGCUCAUGUGUAUUAUUCCCAGUGGCGCAGUUGGUGAUCAGCGACUCGCAGUGUUUUUACAUGCAGAGAUGUAUAUUGAGAAGAGGCAUAUAGACUUGUUUACGUACAUCUAAUAUAUAUACGUAUAUAUA